AUGACGGCACAACCUGCCCGCCUCCGCAUCGGCUUCAUCCCCGAACACUUCUCCACGCCCCUCCACUUCGCCCAAACCCACUACUCCCUCUCCGCAGACCUCAUCCCCUUCCCCACAGGAACAGGAGCUCUGACAGCAGCUCUCAAAUCCUCCCCACCAACCAWCGACGUCGCCAUCGGUCUAACAGAAGGCUUCGCCGCCGAUCUCGGCAAAUCCCAAGCCGCGAAAGAGAAGACGGGAUAUGGAUUAGUGGGGACGUAUGUGGAGAGUCCCUUGUGCUGGGCCAUUUCCACGGGGUCCAAGAGGGAUGAUUUGAGCAGUGUGAAGGAUAUCGAGGGCAAGAGAGUUGGUGUUAGUAGGAUUGGAAGCGGGAGUUAUGUGAUGAGUUUCGUGCUGGCGGAUCAACAGGGUUGGUUGGGGAAGCAUGUUGGAGCGGGCAAGGAGCCGUUUGAAGUGGUGCCGAUUGGAGAUUUCGCGGCUUUGAGAAAAGGUGUCAAUGAGGGGGAUUUGGCCGAGUUUUUCAUGUGGGAGCAUUUCACUACCAAGCAUUUCUGGGACAACGGGGAGAUUAAGCGGAUUGGAGAGAUUUAUACGCCCUGGCCGAGUUGGGUUGUUGUUGCUAGGGAGGAGGUUAUGGGGAGUGUGGAGGAGAUGUUGGGGAAGAUUAAUGAGGGGGUGAAGCAUUAUUUGGAGAAUACGGAGGAGGCGAUUGAGCAUAUCACGGGCACGAUGCAUUAUUCGAGGGAUGAUGCGAUGGAGUGGAUGAAGACGGUGAAGUUUGCUGAGGAUGUCAAGGGGGUUCGGGUGAAGAUGAUUGAGGAUACCGAAGCGGUGUUGGUCAAGGCUGGGGUGUUGAAGGAAGGUGGUGGAAGUGAGCACAUGGUUUUGAUGAAGCGGUAA